AAAAUGGAUAGCAGACGUGCCUCUGCUCAGGCUACCCCCAGCAACACUGUAAUAGCAGCAGCUAGCUCUACAAGUCAAAACACCUCCUCCAGUAAGAAAAAGAAGAAAGGUAUGAAAAAUACUAGCCCUGGAGCACAACCCACUGUCAUGGCGAAGAGUGCAAAGGUAAAAAAGGCAAAGGUGUCGCAUACUACCGUGGGACUGCUUAUGGCUCGAUCACCAUGGUUACGAAAGGAUAACAUCUACCUUGGCGUGCUGCAGAAACACUCAGUGCUCCAUUUCCACGGUUGUGUACAGUUACAAGUGCUGGCCGGACUCAUACACUGCAAUGGCUUCAUCAUCAAGCCCACCCCCACUUAUCACACACUCUAUUCUCCGCCCACCUCCCCCUCACUGGCCCUAUCACCUUUGGACCCUCAGAUGCAGGAUGAUGAAUUCGAUGCGUACUUGGCUCCAUUCCGAGACAGAGAUAGUCUCCACUUCCAUUCCAGUUCCAAAGAACCCUCUCAUCCCAAACCAAAGUGCAACGGCAGCGGAUGCCUACACGUGGACAUUGGUUUGGAGGAUGCUAACCAAUUGAACCUGCUUAUUCGUAAGGACUGGAGUGAUAUGACAGCCCUAGUGUUGCUGAGGGCAGUGGAGGGUUGCCUAGUGCCGCUACUCAACCACUGGACACACCCACUACCCAUACUAGCUGUACCUUCUCAAGUGGUGCAGGGAUUUCAGACUCUGACUGUUACUGAGACCAAGAAGAAACUUGCUCUCCCCCAGGAAUAUAUGGAGGUGGCCUGGGAAGUGGCCGCCAAUGAUGGUGCGAAGGUGCUAGUGUGUGGACCUGGGAACAGUGGUAAGUCAACACACUGCCGUUUCCUCAUCAACUACAUGCUCAAUAGGUACCCGCGUGUGUGCUACCUUGAGUGUGACCUGGGUCAGCCAGAGUUCAGUGUACCCGAGGUCCUCUCCCUACACAUCAUCACUGCCCCACUCUUCGGACCACCCUACACACACUUCAGGAAACCAUACAAAUCCUAUUACUACGGUGACAAGACCCCCGAGGCUGACCCUGAGUAUUACCUUAGUUUAUUGACCGCCCUCCACCAGCACUUCAUUGAGGGGGUACGAUCUAGUGACCCCUCAAUACCCCUCGUCAUCAACACGUGUGGAUGGGUAAAAAACAUGGGCGUCCAGUUGUUCCUAGACACUGUACGAGUUCUCACGCCCACACACAUCGUCAGAAUUUUAUUAUCUCCAAAAAUCAAUAUUCUUGAAGAUCUACCGUUAUUAACCCCUGCAUUCCUCAAUUCUGGAUCAGGUCUGUUCAGAACACCAGAUAUCGAAGCUCCGUCCAAUCAGAGUGCAGUUACCCCUGGUGAUAAUGAUGAUGAUGAUGUCAUAAUGUACGCUUCCAGUGACGAAGCUUUGUCUCUUAGUGAAGAGUCCAGCGAUGACCUCUCUUCAACCUCACCCUCGUCUGAUGAAGACAGCAACAAAUCUGACCAAUCAGAGAGCUCGAACAGCGACCAGUUACAUAGUGACAACGAGCGACGAAUCAGACGCAAGAAAUUGAGAAUGUCGGGAGCUAGCUACACCGUACAUGGGGGGCGUGGUCAAGCCCAGCCGAGAAAACAUAUGAUCUCUAUGGCCCAGCACAUAGCGAAGGGCUGGAUAGAGUCCCCACCCUAUAAAGUGCGUUAUCUCAACACCUUGGCUGAACACUCUGCCAAGAAUUCCAAGGAGACUAGAAGGCUUGGGUACAUUGCGUACUUCAGUGGACUGUUUCCAUUGGCUAAUGAUAUUGCCAAGCAACACGGCCUCCCGGAUCCCCAUAGCAACAUCCUCCGAUAUGCCCCGCCUCUUGAGAUACCAUGGAAGGAUGUAGCAGUCCACGUCAUACACAAAAAUGUGCUCAACAGCCAGUCAUUGUACGCUCUGAAUGGGAAGAUUGUGGUCCUCGGUCGAGUUGACACGAAAGAGUUUGCGGAGAGGGACCCUGGAUCACCUGAUCUCCCUCGAUUCCUCAAAUCAGACACUCCACUCAUUGAAUUCAUUGGACUGGGAAUUCUCCGAGGUGUGGACAUCAAAAGAAAAGUGUUUUACGUGACCUCCCCAGAGUGUAACUCCACCCAUUCACUCGCUAGAGUCAACACCAUCGCCCUUGGCAAUCCAGACAACCUUGACCUCUACACCUCUCAAAAGACUGAAGCCGAGCAGCCUUAUAUGGUAAAGGGUUACCAGUCCCUCCUCGGAACGUUCUCAUGGAAAUUAUCUUAAUAAAUUUGUUGUUCGUAAUUUGUGUAAUAUUACGUAUGUUUAGAAUUGUGUUAUGUUACGAAUAUC